CUCAUGUAUUUGUUGUGAAUGUGAAUGCGAAUUCAGGUGUUAGUCGGAGGUUAGUGAAAGUAAAAUUUGUGAAAAAUUGUUCUUUCAGAACUAUUGUAGAUUAUGUGCUCUAGGAAUGUCGCAAAUUAUCUCGUAGAAUCGUCCCUCAAAAUGUCGAAAUCUGGUUGAUGGAACGCAUCCUGUGAACUCUACUUCCCCACCUAAAGUGUGCUAUUUUCAAUCUCUUCCUUCUUUUGGUGAACUUUCACAUCAUUUAACUGCUACGUGAUCGAUGGGGCCCGGGCCCUAUUGCACGAAGUCUAAUAUUGGAAAAGUGUUUUAUUUAUAAAUGGACAUCAACUUGUAAGAGACACUAUGCUCCUCUACACACUGUAAGCGAAUAUUCCUACAUCAGUUUGCAAUGAGUCUCCAAAGCAUAUUCUCCCCAAUCUUGGGAGUUAUAUCAGUUUUUCAGAAUGCUCUCUUGCUUACUUUAAAUGUCAGCUAUGGUGUUGGCCAGUUAAUAGUAUCUACGAUUCUGUUCAUUGCAACACAGUUCUACGAACUAUGCUCCAAUCUUCUGAUUGGAAUUAAGGUUAUGAUAGAAGACUUCUGCGUUUUUGCAUUUGAUGUCUUCAACAAAAUCUCAUUUUUUUGCUUUAACCUUCAGUGCUUGCUGGACUCUUUAUUUUCAUGUGCUGUCAGUUGUGCCUUAUUUAUUCAAAAUGCUGCUGUCGGUACGAUUGACCAUCUUGUCUUCAUGGUGCAUGCAAUAGCGAAUUUCAUUUCUGGAAUUUGCUCCAGCAUUACUGCAGGGUUUGAACUAUUCAAACAAGCUCUGAUUCUGAUUGGAACCAGUAUUUGGUCCUCCAUUUUGUUCAUUCCUUACUGCAUUUUAGCCCUUAUCAACUUUAUUCUAACACUGAUCACCUGUGGUGUCAACCAGAUACAUCUGUCCAUUCUAGCCGUUACAGACUGUAUAGUACUGGCUGCCAGCAAUGUCAUUAAUUUCAUAACGGAUAUUCCUAUUGAAUCUUACUUAGGCUUAACCUUUGCAAUUGUUUCGACUUUUUGUUUUGUGAAGUAUCAUGUUUUGAUCCAAAGUUUAAUUGCUUGUUGCUUUCAAUCUUCCUAUGUUUCCUUCUUAAGACUUGUUUCCAAAAUUGCGGUUGGUGUCCAGAGGUUAAAGAUUUUCCUCACUGCAGGCAACAGCCAAAAUGUACCAGAUGAGUUCACAGUUUUCAAAUGGAUUGAAACAUUUCAUGAGAGGUACUUUAGUCUAUCACUCUUUGCCAAGCAGUAUUACGACAAUGAAGAACCGUUGUCGAACGAAGAACUUGUGAAUCGUUUGGCACGAGAGCAGGAACAGCGCCUCUGUGUUGUUUGUCAAGACAAAGGGAAAAAUGUAAUUCUAAUGCCAUGCCGCCAUCUAUGUCUCUGCCAGUCGUGUUGGGACGUCAUCAAGCAUCAAGGAAAGAAAUGCCCCAUUUGCAGACGCUUUGUUCGGAAAGUAAUCAGCGUUUUUUCUUAGUGUACAAAGUGCUUUGUUGUCAAUUUAAAGACAGGGAAACUGCCGUAUCUUGGUCCCAAUCUUGACAUCAUAAACUGAGGGAUUUUUCCCCCUUAAGUGUUUCUUGAAAUAACUAGGCCUUAGUCAACAUGAGAUCUAAAUUCAUUAUCCCAACUGUAUUUCACUUCCUGCGGUCCUAUGGAUAGAACCACUCUGUAGUAGUCAUAUGAAAUCCAUGUAUGAUGGAGAGCUUUUUGGAAAAUUUUAAAGGAAAGUUUAGAUAUCAAGGUCUGACUCUGAGACAACCAUAAAGACCUCUACUUGACCUUUUGUUGCUUUAAGUUUCUAUGAAAGUGUUACGAGAUUCCAAACCCUCAAAUAAUCACUUGAUUUCAGAACAUUCCUUGAAGUUGUGCCACGAUGAUUACUGUUGUUCAAGAUUCAUUUCGCCCAAGGCACGGCAGAUUAUUCAAUGUUAUCAUUUACAUCUGUGUUAAUUAAUCUAUAAGUAAGUGAAGAUACUGGAUUUUAGACUUGGUAAAGUGUUGAUCCCUGUAAUAUUAGGCAAUUAGGACCAGGAAGAGCGCAUGAGUUGUUGUAAGCAUGAUGAUUUUUUCAAUGAACAGUCCAUGGAAUUUUUUAAUACAAAUAUACUAUCCUCUAUUUUCUAUGAAGAAAGAACCAAUCAUGUCCUAAUAAAGAAUUGUGGCUAAAAAUUAAUUGAUGAUUUUUACAAGUCGUUAAAAGUCAGAGGAGGAUUGAUGAAUGUACGGUUUCUUGAAAGAGAAGUGAUAAAAGUAUUUUUUGUGUUUAAGACAUUGAGGGAACAAUUCUUUUACCGGUAUAUUUCUCAGUGAUGUAUACUGGUGUUUGCCAGAUAGCUUUACCAGUGGCGUUUGUGAUCUGGGUAGAUGAGAAAAAACAUGUUUGCCUCAUCGACCAGCUCUUUAGUCUUAACAGUGUGUCAGUGCUAUUUCUUUAAAGCAUCAUUUCAGAGGACUCGGAAUACACUUGAAGCCAAGCUGAAACACUUGUAACUUCAAUACCAUUGAUUGUGUGGCCGUACUGAAAGUACAAAACCUAUUUUAUUGUAAAAAUCCCUCGUCAUGAGCACUUGAUGAGAAUUUUUGUUUCACACCUUAAAGCACAGUUCUAAACACUGUUACUGCUAGAAUCCUAAAUUUGGAAAUUGUCAUCUUAAGUUAUAUUACAGGUAACCGAGACAUGGUGUAGCUUAAAGAUAGUAUUUGUUUCAGUCAUCCAAGUAUCAUUUGUAUUUUAUGUAUCUUUAGCAAGUGGUAAUAAUAAUGUUGACUUGAUUUAAUUUUUAGAUCAGCUCUUGUCAUUGCAAAGGACUACGUACAAAGUACCAAGGAAUUCGGCAUGAGCUAAUUUUUUAAAUUAUUUGAUGUGAUGCUCCUAACACCCCCUGACCACAAUGAGCUUUCUAAAUCAAAAUUUCUAUGUGUCAAAAUUGGGAAAAGGGGGCUGAAAAUUGAAUAUUUUAGCCUUCUUAUGGACAUGCGUUUCCUGAUGAAGGUGUGGAGCUGUCGCUAUGUUUGCUUAAACGCUGCACCUUAUGGAGAAAUUUGAUUCUUCUUGUCUUUCUCAUCUUCCCAGGCUGUUAAGAAAUAAUAGCUUUCUUGGAUUGUCGAUCAGAUGUAGGCACAUUUCUACAAGAUAAUGCAUGUCAAAUUUCUGAAAAGUUCACUUCUUAGCCCUGCUUUCCUUGAGAUUGGCAUAUCGAAAGUUCAAUUUUAAGAGCUCAUCAUAUGUUCUGGAGGCUGUAAGGAACAGCAUCUCAAAUAACAUCGAAAUUGAGUCGCAAGGUUUGGGAGGGCACUUCUCGGUUACACUGCCGGAGAAUCUCUGCCAACGUUUCAUCUUUUAUGAUCAAAACAAAUUUAGAUAAUUUGUUGAAACACUUAUUGAAAAAUCCUAAUAAGUUUACAAUUCUCGCAGCGAGAAAUGUUAAAAAAUUAAUGUCUAAGAUAUAAAUUAGCAGAGGAGAUUCUAAGACAUUGCAACGAAGAUGUGUCUUUUCUGCACACAACACAUCAAUUAAGGCUACUCCGAAUUUCUUGGGAUUCAGCCGUUGUCCUUCAGCUGAGGAGAUUCUGGCCUCUCCUCUUUCCGUGGGUCAAAUAAAUGAAAUUUUUCAAAUCCCUCAAUACUUAAGUCUAAAAUUCAGUUCUUCUCCUUUUUUGUAAAGGAAAUUAAUAUUAGGUAAAGUGUAUUGUUUUAAAUGAAUAUCUCAAUUCAUAAACUUUGGCACAAUCCGUUUUAAAAAAACAUGAAGAUAUUCUCAGCACAAUUUGAGGAGGAAAAUGUGGCAAGUUAAGGUACCGACCAACAGUUUCCUAAUUUCUGCUUACAGGCAUCCUUAGGUAUCAAUUGUUAUCCAUCAAUACAAGCGCUUACAGCGUAUCUAAAUGUGUGUAAAAUUAUGAAUGUACCUAUUUAAAAUUAUGAAUGUUAAUUAGAGUACUUUAACAUAGAGGAGUUAAGACAUUUUUGUAAAUUGUAGAUUCAAUCACAUUACGGAUUAAAUCAUACCUAUGUCCUAACUUACAUUUAUAUCGCAAAAUCUAUUCUGAUAAGAGCCACUGACAAAAAACUAACUCCUUUUACUCUCAUGCCAAAGACAAAAUAGAUUCCUCAUAAUUUAGAAACUGGAUCUAUUCCUUAAGCCUUCAAAUCUGCAAUUGAUUUAAUGGUACAUAUUUAGAAAAGCUUGAUGACCGAGAAAUCUCAACAUCGAUUUCGUUCACUUAUGACAAUUUCCAGUUCUCAUAAGUUUUUAGGGCCCAGGUUUUUCAAAACAAGUAAAGCUUAACUUGAGGUCUGUUGGAUUGAAAGAAAGUUUUAAAUUAUCUUGGGUCAAAGCCCACGAACGAAUAACGAAACAUUAGUUUUAAAGCACUUGUUUAUCCAUGAACUGGAUUUACUAAGAUUCACGAUACCAUUUGUCAAACAAAUCAGAUAAUGUUUAGUCCUAUUUUUCUAUUCUAUGAACUCAUUCAUUGACCCAAUCAGUUUCCAUUCUGGACAAAUCAAAAAGUUUUGUCUCCCCAGCUCUGCUUUUUGUGGCUUCAAUGAGGCUUUCGCCUGUUGGAAACUUAACGACCUGAUUGAUUUAUUGUCUAAUGAGGCACAGUAAUGCCCUGACUAUCUGAUGCUUCAGUUAUCUGAUGGUCAAAGUUGAGUUUUGGUUUGAAAAUAAGUUACCUAGCUAACACGUCAAAAACCAGUUUUUUAGGCAUGAACCACUUACCUAUGUGGUUUUUCAUGUUUUUUUCAAUGAUAUUACUAUGUUAUAUAAAUACAGUAGGAAAUUGGCCAUGCUUGUGCUUUUUGGUCACAAGCAGAGCCUGAAAUGGCAUUUUCCAGUCUUAUUUUUAGCAUGUUGGAGUUUUUAGCGGUUUCGAUUUUUCGAUAUCUGACAUGACUCUCACCAUAAAUUGUCACAUAAUCGAGGCAUUACUGUACUUUGAUUUGGACCACUCAUUUGUUGCAACUGUGAUUCAAUUAUUUUAAUCUACCUAUCUUACAUAUAAUUCUUCUUUUCCCCUCGUAACCAUUUAACAUUUCUGUUGCUCUUUCCUAUAAGACAUUUUCUCAGCAUUUCCUAAAUGAUUAGUUCCAAAAGUAGGUACCUAUUUUUGAAGUUUAUAUUUUUCAUUUUGCUUUUAUCUCUUAAUAAUCAUUUUUUCAGCUAACAUUCUUAACCUCAUCUCUUCUCAAGGAGUUAAAUAUUCUCAACUUUCUUUUUUGUAAAAUUUUUAGUUUUAGGUAAAAUAUUUCACAUAUCACUCAUCAUUUCUAUUAUUACCAAAUUUGUCUCUUUUUUUCAGAAAGAAUCUAUGAGUUCGCUGUGUUUUGUACCUAUAAUUUUUGAAAGUUUUGUUCUACUUUUGACUCUCUUGUUUGUGAAUUGUAUAUGUUUUUAAUUGAAUCUAUUUCAAUAAAAACCAUUCCGUGCUAGUGGCAGCUACCAGCACAGAAAUCAUUUGGUUCUCUGAUAAAUGCAAGAGUGUACCCAAAAGUACUGUAAUCACCCUGUGGUGAGCUUCGGUUUCAAUGUUUAUUUCUCUGCAAUGAGAUGACAAAUAAUAUUUUGUAUAUUUAAGGCGUUAACCGGCACCAAGAAAAUGCUGUACUUUAAAACAUUUUAUGGCAGUUUUUGUUACUAAUUUUGAAACUACUGUACAAAAACAGCAGCAUGCGUCACCUGCAGCGACAACUUGCUCUCGAUAGGUUGACAAUAAAUGUAGCUUUUAGUUUAAAUACCUAAAAGUAGAAAAUGCAAUUAAAUCCAUAGCAAUUCACAAAUCUCACAUCAUUCUUAAGUGUGAAAAGUCCCCUGAUGCACUUUUUUGCAAGCUGAGGAAUUGUUCAUCCAAAAAUACCAAAUUCAUUUUUUUAUGCCAUUAGCUCUCUGUACCUGUAGUUAAAAUGACUCAUUUUUUGCAUCCUAUUUUUUGUUACACAUUUGAACGUUUUUUUUCUCAUUAAACAUCAACAAAGUAAAACUUAGCUUGUAGGCUCUUUAACGAUGCAUCACCAAUUAAUCGUUAUUUCUCUUGUAAAUGUUCAUGUGGUAGAAUUUUAUUCGAUGGAAAGUUUGAUGAAUAAAAAGAGACGAUGAAAAUUGGGCAAACAAUUGCACAUAGCCGUUCGUUCCAUAACAUACUAUCUGUUGCUCAGAGUGUAGGAGGCUUUAAGGAUGUUGUGGUCCUUUGAAGGAAAUUCCUACUCAUGCCUGAUGAAUUUGAGAAGUACGAGUGUGAGCAGAUCAAGUUAAUUCCUUUAGAUGCACAAGAGUUUUAGGGCAACAAAUUAAGAUUGUCAGUUCUCAUUUUUUUAAAUCUUUGUCGAGUCUCUUUGACUGUCAAUUAGCCUUCUUUUUAGAGAUUUUUGUUACCUGCUCAGUCUCUUUUCCUCUGUUUUGGGAAUACUCAGUGCAUUCAAUUGAUGAGCCAACUAUUGGGCCCCUUUGUAAGAGAGGGUAUCUUAAUGAACAAACCAUGAAGAUAUUGUUGCCGGUGAUUAAUUUGAAUUAAGUAUGUAUUUUAUAUUAAAUAGGAACAAAAUUUUCUUGAGCAGUUCAAAGAAACCCUCCUUGUCAAGUCUUGUUUCGAAAUUGUCUAAGUGAUCUAAAUUCUUAGCCCAAAAGUGAAAGAGAUUCUUGCAUCUUUCUUAGGGCAGAAAGUCGUUUCACAAAUACAGUUUGGAAAAUGGGACUUUCAACAGUUCAAUGUUUUACUAAAAUUAAGCAUUAGUUCAGUUGAAUUAUUUCCUAUUCUCACCAUUCUCUCCUUAGUUCUGAACCUUGUAAUUUGCAAAGAAUCUAAAAUGAAAGUAAAAAACCACAAGUAAAUCCGUGAAUGCCCACUCUUGGGUACUCGGAUAAGUAUCUGAUUAAUAACUUACAUAGGGGCCUUCACCAAUCCUGAUUUUUGUAAAUACAUUUAAGGAGAAUCUAGUCUUAUUUUUUAAAUAAAACAAUAUUUUUUAUCUCUGACUUGUUAUAUGCAGUUUGCAUGCACAGAAAUACUAGUAUCUACGUGAGAUGUUGAUAGAAGCCACUUCUAGUUUUUACCUGAUUAUUCGAGAAAAUUUUAGGUUUGAAUUGUGCGAACAAACGGAAAGCACUUUGCAUUAAGUAUUUCCAGAUCUUGACUUGGAUUGGAAAAAUAUCGUCCUAACACCUUGACUUUGCCUAGUAUUUGGUGACUGAAUGUCGAUUCUAUGUAUCCUGAUCUAAAAUUUACCCGCAAAUUUUAAAACCUGUAAUUUUCCAUGACUCUUGUGACUCUCCUCCAAAAUAUACAUUCAUUUGUGGCAGUCCAUGAUGGGGAGGUAACCAUGAUAUUAUCCCAAUUUUACAAUUUUUGUAAUCGUAAUUUCCCUAUUGUGUCAAAGAAAAAUUCCCAUUUUCAUUUGAUGGUGAUCAGAGAUGUAAGCAUGCAGAUGCAUUUUUCAAUUUUUUAAAAAUGCAGACUUGAUCAGUACUAGGACCGAAAGUUACAGCAAUUUCACUCAUCAUUCCAUUUUUUAUUACAUCAGAAAAUUUAGACAUUUUCAAACCAAUGAGUCAAAAAUUUACAAAAUGACAUUUGAAGUCGAAAUCCUUUUGAAACAAACUGUCUAUAAGGUGGAAAAUUCUAGAUUUUCUUUUAAAACCCUGCUCAGGUAUCAAAGCGUCACUCUUGGAAAUAGGAUCUUGUCAUAUUGUUAGCUGUGCAAUCUUCACAUGUGUGAACCCUUAAUCAGAUAUGGACGGUCAAACUCUCAAAACAUGUGUCUCGUUUACAAUGUUUUAAAAUCUCAGCUCUUAUUUUAUCUUUCUACAAGUGAAAAAAAAUCAACGACAUAUUCUGUGAAGUUUUGUCGGAAUUUCCCUCGCAUAGGAAAGAAAAUUCUCAGCUGUUUUUAAGAAUCGCUAUUGAUUAGUUUUUCAUUUAAAAAACAAAGCAUUACAAGAAGUCUGCAACGUUGUAAACCGACAUACAUGGUUUGAGAGUUUCACCCUUUUUAUCUGCAUGGGUAGAUAGAUACCUAUCAGUUAAAGUGUAUACACAAGCCGAUAAAAAGUUCUACUUUCUCGAAAAAGGGCCCAUUUUUGCAUGAAGAUGUAAUUGGAUUAUUCAUCUUUGACUGCUCCUCAAGUCAUGGUAGAUUGUAAUGAGCCUGCUUAUAUUGUAAUGAAAUGGACGAGUUUUAUCUGCUCAUGGACUCUGAAACCAAUGAGGAGCGAAGAGAUAAAAUAGGCUAGUUUAAAUUAAAUAAAAAAGGCUCUUACCACUCAGGAGCUCACGGAUUACCAUCCUAAUAUCAUCCGCACAACUCCAAAUGAAAAAUAAUGAAUAAUCCUACGAAGUGAACUGGGUCCGAAUUUUGUAGGCAGGUUUGCCGUUGACUGCAAGUUGGAGGAAGUCACAGAAGUCUGUUAUUCGAUCGCUGAGCCAUGGUCUGCGCCUUUGAGAAACUAAGGAUACGGCUCAAGGCUGAUGUAAGAGAAGAUUAACUUGCGUACAAUUUGAGUGUAGAAUAUGAUUGUUUUGACUUAGGACUUACAGUUGAAUUUAGAAGUUAGGUUUCGCAACUUGUGGUCGACCACAGCUGACAAAAUUCAGGCCCUGAGCUCCAAAUUCUUGUUUGUCAUUAUUUUUUUUCUGUCAAUUAAAAAGUAACAUGUUAUGUUGAUUCAUGUCACUGAGUGAUUCAAUAAGCUCUCAGCAUAUCAGUCCGACAGGCUAUCUUCACCAUUUGUAUGGGGAGUAUUUCCCGACCGUAGAAUAGGUUUUCCUUUCACUGUAAGGUGUAGAAGUCCCUCUUUCUUUCAACCGAUGAACUAAUUCCUUUGUCUCUCUUCAGCCGUAUUUGAAGUCUGACUAAAAAACUCUGUGUUCAUGUUUUUUCUGCAUUGUGAUAAUUCCUAAUAAUGCUUUAAUGCUAAUUCUCAUUGUUGUAAAUAUUUGUGUACUGUAAUUAAUAUAAAUUGUAAGUCAAAAUAUGCUGACACUAAAAAUAAACUAUUUUUUAAAAAAU